AUGGCUGCACUGACCCCCCUCCAGACUUCUAUUGACACUCUCACCACGAGAGUUGAGUCUUGUGAGAGUAGGCAGAGGGAGACCUCUGAGGUGACGGCUUUGAAAUCCGAAGUAGUAGAUUUGAGGAAGGACAUAGACUAUCUAAAGUCCACUAACUUCAUUUCAUUACUGAAGGUUGUUGAUGAUGUGGACGCUCCUGAGACUUCAGAGAUUCCUCCGGCUACCACCACAGAUGUACAUAGGAAUGAUACGGCAGUUGAUGAGUCAGAGGCAGAGACUAGUGAAGAGCUGAUAGAGAUAAGGGAGGAGAGCAUAUAUGGAGAUUUGCCGGAUCUUGAGGAGAUGAUUGUGUAG